CCGGCGAUGAUGGCGGAGGUGAAGGGGAGCGGCGCCGGCUCUGCCGUCAGCGCCGAGCUGGAGGUGAAGAAGCUACAGGAGCUGGUGCGGAAGCUGGAGAAGCAGAACGAGCAGCUCCGGAGCCGCGCCGCCGCCGCUGCGGUGGCCACCGGCCCGCCCAGCCCGCACCUGCUGCUGGCCCCGCCGCCGGCCCCGGGCGGGCUGCGCCCCUCCAGCCCUCCCGCCGCGGGCCCGCCGUGCAUGCCCAGCCCGGUGCCCACCCUGCUGUGCCCGCCGGAGCCCCUCGCCUACUUCAAGCCCUCGCCCGGGCCGCCGGCUGCUGGCGGCGGGCAGGAAGGCGGCGGCGGUCCGGGGGCGGCGGCCACGGUGCUGGACGAGGUGGCGGUGCUGGAGCUGGAGGACGGCUGCGGAGAGGACGAGGAUACAUGGUUGUACGUCUUGCCUACCAAGACUCACACUCCUCAAGAGAAAUCACUGAGUCCUCUGCAGUGGUGCAGACGUGUUCUGGAUCAUCCAACUCCUGAGAUAGAAGCUGCAAAACGCUCCCUAUGUUUUAGAUUGGAGCAAGCUAGCCGAUGGCGGAACCUCUUCUCUACACCUGUCUCCUUGGCUUUUCCCUAUAGUCCUGUUGCAAGACUCACCCCAUAUACCAAUGGCUGUAAUAGUCCCAGCUUCUCUAAAACUUCCAGUAAAGCAAUACUAACACCUGAACGGACAGGGUACAUUUCUAGGAGUUCCCCUUUGAGUCCACAGUCAUCAAUAGACAGUGAACUGAGCACUUCGGAGCUGGAAGAUGAUUCCAUCUCCAUGGGCUACAAGCUGCAGGACCUCACUGAUGUUCAGAUCAUGGCUCGUCUACAGGAGGAGAGCCUUAGGCAAGAUUAUGCUUCAACUUCAGCAUCUGUGUCAAGGCACACUUCCAGUGUUUCUCUACAUGCGGGAAAAAAAGGGACAUGCAGUGACCAGGAAUAUGAUCGCUAUAGUCUUGAGGAUGAGGAGGAGUUUGACCACCUGCCGCCUCCACAGCCACGUCUGACUCGCUGCUCCCCCUUCCAAAGAGGGAUUCCUCACUCACAGACUUUCUCCAGUAUCCGGGACUGCAGGAGGAGCCCUACUUCCCCACAAUUCCCUACAAAUACUUACCAGCAGCCCUUCUACUCUCCUCAAGCCCAAACUCCAGAGCAGCAACCAAAUAGGAUUAAUGGAGACAAACUCCGCAGAAGCAUGCCUAACCUCGCUCGGAUGCCAAGCACCCCCACCAUUAGCAGUACUGCUGGCUUUGCUGGUUCUCCUGUCACUGUGAGGAAUAGUCAGAGCUUUGACUCCAAUUUGCAUGGAGCCAGUAACGGGAUUUCAAGGAUGCAGUCGUGUAUUCCAUCACCAGGACAGCUUCAACACCGAGUUCACAGUGUGGGACAUUUUCCAGUGUCUGUCAGACAGCCUCUCAAAGCUACUGCCUAUGUAAGCCCAACUGUACAAGGGAGCAGUAAUAGUAGCAGCAUUCCAGUGUCCAGCAACUCGCAGCUGUAUUCCAGCACUGGGAUCCCAAUGCCAAACAAGACUGCUGGUCAAGGCAUUGUAGGGCGCAGUGCUCUUCCAAGACCAUCACUGGCCGUCAAUGGGAGUGGCAUUCCCAGAAGCAAAAUUGCACAGCCAGUUCGAAGUUUUCUUCAGCCUCCAAAGGCACUGUCAUCACUGAGCACGAUACGGGACGGGAACUGGAGAGACGGCUGCUAUUGAUGAAGGAUGCCCCUCAGCAGUGGAAAACACGUAAUGCGGAUUUCAUUACCCAGCUGGCUGGGUAACAAUUACUUGGAAAAGGAGGGUCAUACAGUAUUAUUUUCCCCAGGAUCUUAAUCUGUAACCAUCUACAAUGCCAUGUCAUUUUUAAAAAAUGAACAUCUUAUCAAAUACUAGAUAUUGCACUUAAUCAGUUACCUGAACAGCUGCAUUGUUACCAGACUAACAAUGGCAGUGCUGGCAUUUGGAACUGAAGAAAGUAUUACAUGUGUGCAAAAUACAAGAAUAUUUCCUUGGAAUGGACUGGGAGGUUUUGCUUUUGGGCAGCUUUGCCAUACUGAAGUUCUGAGAUAAUUUAUUCAGUAUAAAGGCAUCACACGUUUUAUUUUGAAUUUUGGAGUACUUAUGUAUGUGCUUAAAUUUUUUUCUAGUGUUUUCAGUACAUUUUAUUUUGUAUACUUAUGUUCAUGUAAACUUGCCUGAACUUUGAACUACAGAGAGAUAAUUUAACUUUUUCUGUGCCAUAAAUGAUAUUUUUGGGGUAAUGUACUUUUUUAGCGCUAGGAACAUAUCUUAAAAAUCUUACCAUUGGCAAUACAAAGCAGUAUAUUUAUGUUGCAGAAGCACAAAAAAAAAAAGGUAGCAUUCACUGGAAAUUGCCAUCCAGCUGGGUCAGCAUGGUUUUGUUGGUCUGUCACCAUUUG